ACUGGCUCAGAGAGAGAGACGGAGGCAGGUGGAGGGCGCAAACGGAGAGAGAGAGAAACCAAGUGGAAAGGGGAAAAACAAGAUGAAGGGAAGAGAGGAAAGCAUGCCGACAGAAACCCGGAGAGGAGGAGAGAGGCAGUGAGGAGGAAGAGGAGCUCUGGAGAGACCAGUCGAACGGCAGUGGGAAGGAGACGGCGGAGGAGGAGGAGGGAGUGCGAUGCUUCAGUCUGCCUGAUACAAACCAGGAGAGAAGGAGCAACAGAGAGGAAGGGGGGGAAAGGAAAACAUUAGGAAAAAAACAUAGCUGCACGAGAGAAUAGAAGAGGAUGGAGGAGCGAAGAACAAGCAGAGACACAGACCCCUGGUUACUCAGGAGUGUUUGGACCUGAGUUACUACGGAUGCUGUCAGAGAACCAGUGUGUGAGGGCGAUGUGAUGGAUGUCUGUUUGCACAAAGUACCGCUGCUCCCUGAAACUCACUAGAAGUGUGUGUGUGUGUGUCUGUGUGUAAGAGAACAUAUGACCGACCAGCUGUUUUAGGAGGUAAACAGGGUCAGGUGCACCCAAAGGAGUAGAAAAAAAGGGACAAUAACACACACAGAUUAUAGGUGUGUGUGCAGCUAUAGCACAAAGAGGAGCUUCAGUCCAACCAUCUCAGGUGCAGUUACGGGCGUGUGUGUGUAACAAUAAGGUGCCACUGAGCUUGCUUGAAAGGUUGCUUUUGACUCAUCUUUUUACACCGGACAAGCCACUCCCUACCUCAUCUCAAGCCAACAAGUGGACUUGGAGGCUCAGAAGACUCUGGUGCCCGGCUCAGUGCAAAGUCCCCCUCACGUAUUUCUUGUUUCCAUUGGAUGCUCCUGACUCCAAACAUGGGGGAGUGGACCAUCCUCGAGCGCCUCCUGGAGGCCGCCGUCCAGCAGCACUCUACUAUGAUCGGAAGGAUCCUGCUCACUGUAGUGGUGAUCUUCCGUAUCCUGAUCGUGGCCAUCGUUGGAGAGACCGUGUACGAAGAUGAGCAGACCAUGUUCGUCUGCAACACCCUGCAGCCCGGCUGCAACCAGGCCUGCUACGAUAAGGCCUUCCCCAUCUCCCACAUCCGAUACUGGGUCUUCCAGAUCAUCCUGGUGUGCACGCCCAGCCUCUGCUUCAUCACCUACUCCGUCCACCAGUCGGCCAAGCAGAAAGAUCGGCGCUACUCCUUCCUCUACCCCAUCAUGGAGAGGGACUACGGUGGAAGGGACGGGACUCGUAAGCUCCGCAACAUCAAUGGUAUCCUAGUUCAACAUGGCGGGGACAGCGGGGGAGGGAAGGAAGAACCAGACUGCCUGGAGGUGAAGGAGAUCCCCAACGCGCCGCGGGGCCUCACCCACGGGAAGAGCUCCAAGGUUCGCCGGCAAGAAGGCAUCUCCCGCUUCUACAUCAUUCAGGUGGUGUUCAGGAACGCGCUGGAGAUCGGCUUCUUGGCCGGCCAGUACUUCCUCUACGGCUUCAGCGUGCCUGGGAUUUUCGAGUGUGACCGCUACCCGUGUCUGAAGGAGGUGGAGUGCUACGUGUCCCGCCCCACGGAGAAAACGGUGUUCCUGGUGUUCAUGUUCGCGGUGAGCGGCAUCUGCGUGGUGCUCAACCUGGCCGAGCUCAACCACCUGGGCUGGCGUAAGAUCAAAGCCGCCAUCCGAGGCGUCCAGGCCCGCAGGAAGUCGAUCUGUGAGAUCCGGAAGAAGGACAUGGCGCACCUGUCCCAGCCGCCCAACCUUGGACGCACCCAGUCCAGCGAAUCAGCGUACGUCUGAUGAUGAAGAGAAGAAAAAGGUUUGAGGAGGAGGAGGAGAGGGGUGAAUGUGCAAGGGAGGGAAUUAAUUAUGAUUUUAAUUUGAGGAAGGCGGCGCGGAGAUGACCCCUCCUGAACGAAACAGAAUGUAAAAAGAACCAAACCUCCGUCUCAACGACUUUGAGGGUCGAGAAGGAGGAAGCGAAGAAGAAAAUUAAAAAACAGAGAGACCAUAUUUUAAAAAAAACAUAUUUUGGUCUCAUGGGGAGAUAAUCCAACUGCCAUUUUCUACUUUUUGUCUUUAAAAAAAAAACUAAUUACCCUCUCCUCUGCCCCUCUUUUCUUUUAAAGUGGGGGAAUUAAAUCCUCAAGGGGCUGGAGAGGGAAGGACUUGAGAUGAGAAGUCGAGGGUUAAGGAGAUGAGAAGAGAUGAGAUGCUGUUUUGUAUUCUUCGGGGACAUUUGGAAGAUGACGGCGGUGUUUGAUGCAUCCCAUGGUGCUUUACUUCUGGACUGUGUCAGGUUAAGAAGACGGGAGGGGGAGCCUGAGCAGCAGCAUCGUUAAAAGACGAACGGAAGAACUGUCAGGGCUGUCUAGAGAGCGAAGUUUGUGAGAUGGAGAGGAAGGACGGUGGGCCACAUCACUCUGGGAAAACACAUGAUAUACUCGAGGUUUGGAGGGUCUUGCUUUCGUUCCCCUCGGCCGUAGCCAAGAGAGAGAGAGCUGCCUCUUAUCAGUGUCAGCUGCGCCUCUGUUGGAACAUUGUCACGAGCUGAAGCCAAGAGAGACUGACGAUGUUUAUGUUUUGUCUCUUGGCAAAAGAUGAUUUUAACACAAACACAUCAAGUACCAUAAACACUUUUUCUUUUUUUGUUUCUCCCCGAUCCCUCGUCCCUCUCUGCUCCGCUGGUUGGCAGCUAUAUGGACCCCAGGGGCUUCUGGUGACAGUAAUGACUCUCGCUGCUCUGCUUCUGCUUAAACUUCGGAGGGGUAACUAAUGAACAAACGGUCGUGUAAACGUGUGUCUCUCCUAAAGCACAAACCAAACUUCCAGCAUUCCUGUGUGCUGAGAGACGGGGGAGAGACGGGAGAGGAAGGGAACGGGAGUCGGAGAGGAGAUCACUUUAUAGCAGAUUUUAUAAAAAUAUAUCACCAUGAUUUUUUUUCUUUGUUUUUUCAAAAAAAAGCGAUGGUGCCAUCCUUGAGAUAUUUAAUUAUUGUUAAGAGUAUAUCAUGGUAAUAUUAUUUAUCCAUUUAGAGUAUAUCCAAAUAGAUUUAUUUAUCUUUGCGUGCGGGGUUGGUUGGGACAUCUUGUCGCUGUUUCUUUUUUAUGUGUAAAUCGUCUGUCUUUUUUUCAUUUUUGAUUAGUUAAAGCAUUUCUCACCGAAGGAUCUGAUUAAUGGCAUGAAGGCCUACAGUGCAGGAGGAGUCUGUGCAGCUGAUUUUUAUAUUAUGUGCAACCUCAUAACAAUUGUUUCUUAAUUGCAUUCAAAAUGUAAAACAAAGCAUGUUCGGGCGUCUCCUGCAGAGAGCCUUCUUCAAAAUCAGCUGCACAGAUAAAGCCUGUGAGCCGUUAGAAAAAGGCAUGUUUACAUGACGUUGUGUUUCUUGAAUGAUCAAGCUGUGUAGCCGACGAGUAGUAACUCGACUAGGGACAGUUGUGUUUUUUGAAUCUCAGUGUUUUUUCUUUUUGUUUGCAUUUCUUUCCUGACUGGAUUUCAGCAUGCAUGCCUUGUAAGAGAAAAAAAGAACGUCAAGAAAGAAAAAAGAUAAAGAUGACCGAGAGUGUUGCACCUUGAUUUAACGCGGACCAGUUGGAGAGUGGCAGACUGAAGGAACUCAUGUUGGAAGCAUCCAACUCAUACACUAGUGCAUCAUCAAAACAGGCCUGUGAAACCAGACAUAGGGACGAUUCAAAGGACUGCAAAUGGUGUGUUUUAAAAGAAAUCCAAUGAUUUAAAUCACGUUAACACACGCAUUUAUAGCCAUUACAUUUAAAAUCAGUCAAUCUUCAAACCUGUUGCAGAGACCACUAUAAGUUUAAGUACAAUUUUGAUUAUCCUCUACAGAAAAAAGCAGAAAUGCAUCUUAAACCCGGUCUAAACACGCUGUAGCUGAUCAGCAAACUUAUCUUCAGCUUGCUGUUGAGAAUCUUCUAGACCACUGCCGAAUGAAUGGCCUUAUGUAGCUUGACACUGUAGGAGCCUAACACUGCCACAUUUGGGGGUUUAAAGGGACCACCCAUGCACUGAUGCACAAAUAUAUAAACACAUCAGCAGACCAAACCGUAGCUACAGUAUUUUCUAAUUUCUUUCCUAUUUCAUUUCCACUAAAUUGCACCAGAACUUGUUGAAAUUGUAAAGUAAAAACCUUUCUAAUUUAUUUUAUGUUGAAUUGUCUUUCCUUUAACUUGCCUUAUCUGCUUGUGCUUUGUUAAAGGAUAUCCUACAUUUCCCACAAUGCCUUUGGACACUUCAUUAUGCUUAGGGUUAACAAAGGGGAAAUUUGAUACUUAACUAGUUUACAUUAAGCAAAAUAAAAUGUACGCGAUUGCAAAUGUUUAGUUUGAGUUCAUUUGAUUGUUUCUACAACUCAAAUAGACUUACAAAUAAACAAAAUACACUUUUUACUUUAAAAAAAUGAUGUUUAAGCUCUUAACUUUCUACAAUUUGUGUAGUUAUUUUUCAGAAGAAACGUUUGUAUUCUUAAUAGCAUUGUAGCUACUCUGGAUUUACCUUGACACGACAGUAGCUAAUACUGUGUCAGAACCCUAAGCAUAUUUCGACUAACUGUCAGUAGUAAUUGAUGCAACACCAACAGCUGAAGCGGAAGAAGUCCCCCCCCCAGACACUCUGUUUCCCCAUUCACUCAAACUGUCAUAAUCUCAGUGAUUCUUACAGGUGAUUAUCCCCAGAUUUAGGCUCCUGUGAGGAUCUCUGUGGGGCUCAAUGGGAUCGGUGCAGUCUACUGUAUGCACGGGGGUGGGGGGCGCUGAAGGUCACGCCAGAAUGCCUAAGAAUAGAGUUUGAGUCAUGGCUCCCCUCAGUAACUGAGAGCCUGUGCUCCUAGCGAAGGCUUAAACUCUGACCUUCAGCUUAGAGGCCAAGCCGAUGUCCUGAACUAAACGCUGCUCCUGCAGGUCUUAUCUGCACAGAGCGAGUGUGGGGCCCACACAUGCCGAACAUUUUAGGAAACACAUCUGAAUGUGAGGAGAGCAGUUUGAGUUCACAAACAAUGUUGUGCCAUGAUAGACUGGUGCAGUGAGGAUGUAUUUGACCCAAAGUUAGCAUUGCAAGGACUCCCUCUGCACAAGCAAUAUUUGUAGUAGUAGUAAUAUUGCAGCAAACACGUGUUUAUGAUACCAAACACGUUUUGGUCAGCAGGAGUCUCCACAUAUUUUAUAACACCAUCAAUUCCAAACUUCAAAUGCAAUCGGCAGUGUUACAUAGCUAAGAUAACGCUUUGAACAAACUACAUCAUAGUUGCAAGACUGCACCUGCGCUAAGCUAAAUGCGGCUGCGACCUUUAUUCGUUUAUUUGAGACAUUUAUAGCUUUUGUAUUUACUGCUGCUUAAGCUUGUGUUUACACCAGACCUUAUUUCAGGUAUGCAUCCAUAAAUAUGUUAGAAAUGUUCUGCAGGGGUCUCUUACUCCUCAAAGUGUUAGACAUAGGGUUGAGGGGCUGCUAGCUAACUGCUAACAAUUCCUCAGCUUGUUUCUUUGCUAGAAGUUUUUACCUAAGGUUUCUUAUCCUACAAAAAUAACGGACACUGUGUUUAAACCAGAAAAAACACAGAAUGAAGUGGUUUCACAAGAUUUCAUAGUCAAAAAGGAUGAAGGGGCUGCAAGCUAAAGGCUAAUGUUGGCUAACCUGGUUGUACAGAUAAAUGAACAACAAGACGUUCAGGAGGUUUUUACCGAAAUUAAUAUUAUCCACAGAGGUCUUCUCCUCCCCAGAGAAAAAACAUUAAAUAAAGUAGAUUUACAUUUUUAUAAAACGCAGGGCCAACUAGCUAAAUGCUAACGUUCCUCAGCUUGUUUGUUUUUUUGAUAAAUUAAGAUUGUUGUCCGAUGACUUAAAUCGUUCACCCUGUUAAAUUAUUGAGUCAAAAGUGACUCAGAUCUUAAUAAUGUAAACAUGUGACUUAAAACUUGAUUAAAAGUACGUUUAUGACAGCUUCUGGCAGACAAUCACCACUCUAAAGCUUCCUCAAAGGGGAUACGUCACCAUUUAAGGCCAAAACUAAACACACGUGAUCAACGUUUAUCUUAAUACAGGAUUUCUCUAGGUUUGAAAAUCGAUGCAAACAAUUUCGGAUGAUGCAGAUACACAUCUCAGCCUUUGUGUAUUUGAACUUCCUCCUGUUGAAUUCUCUUGUUAUGUCUGGUUUCAUUCAGGUCAGCAAACUGACAAACACAACGCGAAGAUGCAGAGGGCCAUAAAUGUGUCCUGGUUUUCUUCUGUUUACAUUCAUCCAGCGUUGAAGGCUCACACAGUCAGUGAGUUCACAGUCACACACUUUCCAAAGCAAGAGCCGAUCUUCCGACAGUCCACUUCUCUCCACGGUCUGCUUUUCUAUUUGUCGAUGUGAAAUGAAUUAUGCAACCUUUAUUUUUUUCAUCAUUUGCUCAUCUGUUUUGACUUGUGGAUUCUUUUUGUGCAGUGACAUAUCAAAACAUGUAAAGGAACAAAACUUUUUUUUUUCAAUGUGUGAAACCAAGGGUCGAAUGUCGAAAUAUAAGAAGAGCAGAAAAACAUGUUAUAUUUCCUCCCUUGCCAAAGUGAUAUGCAACAUUUUGUUAAUUUUCCAAGGUUUGUUUGCAUGUGUAAUGGCUAGAAUAAGCAUGUUUCUAUGUUUUCUUCAGCAGAAUCUUUAAAGAAAGACCUUUUUUAAGUCCGCAAAGCUUUUAACGCCAGUUGUGUAUAUUAAUAACCCAGUUCUUUAGAUGGUACAGAGCCAGGCACACGAUACCAACUCAGUGAUGUUUAAACUUCUUAUUACAGUCUCAGUUUCCCAAAAGAUUUUGAAAACCACCUCACACCGUGAAAUGUUCUACUUUAAGAAAUUUGCACAUGACUAUAUACCUUUUUAAUUUGUGGUAGAAGAGGAUUUAUAAGCCAAGCAGUCAGGUGAUUUACUGUCAAACACAGGGUACGCAGGAAUACACGCAAACAGGUUGAAGACGCCAGAACAUUCCAGGGUUUAGUCCCCAGCACAAUGUGUAGUUAACCUCCAAUUUACAGCAUCUUUAUGUGAUAUGAUUCAAUCCUCAGUGAAACUCCUUGUGAGGAACAGUACUGCCACCAGACUCAGGAAAGAAAAACAAUGCUGAUCUUUUACAACAAUAUUUUCUAGUAAAAAUGCUGUCAUUGAAAAAUGGUAUUACACCAUGUCAGCAUACUUUCCAUUGACCACCUUACCCUGUACUGUAAAGCCCACCCAAGAAAAUGGUCUGAUUAUUUACCCCGUCGGUGCUAUCGAGGUCGGACUCUUUACCAAAAACGUGAAUCCAGAUGCAUUCCCUCGUCGUCCUCAGCACACUACUGCCCCACGUAUCGCAGGUCAUGUAGCAAUGCAGGUCCCCUUAAACAAAAACAAGCUAGUUACUCUUGACUGUUACUUUUUUAAAAUGGGCUCAAAAUGAUCCACUGUCAUUCUCAUUGAACUCCAAACUAACUUUGUGUAGCAACUAAUUGGAUUCCUCAGGAAAGCAGCAUGUUAUUAAGCUGCUUCAAUCAUUAACAGAUCAUUGAACAACCUCAUUACUACUGAUGUACUGCCAAAAGACGUUACAUUUAAUGACAUUAAAGCCAAUCCUAAGGGCUUUGAAAGUGCCCCCUCUUAUACAUACUUUAUAUAAACAUAAAAGCCAUAAUUUAGAAAAAAGAAUGAUUUUAAACUUGACUCGGUGCAUCUUUUUGAAAGUACAAUGUGCACUCCAUGUAGUCAAUCAAGCGAUCAUGUUUGCAUUUAAAUGAAAACUAGACAUCGUGUUGAGAAUGAAAAGCUUUUUACUGUGUUAAAUUGAAUGAGGACAAUAAAGCUCCAGAUUCAUUUUCUGAAAUAAAAUGCUUCCCCCCCUUUCAAACCCCCGUCUGAUACUGGUGCGCCGUAGAUUAAAAACCAUUGCAGGGUUCAGAGAGCGACCUCUCAACCUCUCCGUAAUCUGUCAUGAUAUCAAUCGUGAUUACUUCAUCUAAUUACGCUGAGUGGCAGAUACAGGCAGAGCGGGAUUUAAACCGACAUCCGGAUUUGAUCAAAUGGCCCCCCUGUGCAUCCGGCUCGUCUCUCUUUCACCAGAUCUGCGACAACAAGCGGGGUCGCUGAUUUGAGAUUAAGACCAGAAAUAGCUUCGGUUUGUGGCGAAAAACGUGGGGAAGCAACGUCGAGUUUAGCCAAUAUUUGGCAUCAUAGUCGUUAUCAAUGUAAGGAAUAAAAUUCAGAAUCAGAAAGGGGGAAAAAUGCAUUUCUCAGCCCUAGAAACGUAUAAUUCUUCAGCAUCUACUGAUGUAAAAGCAUGGACUGAAAACAGAAACACACUCACGCUUUGUAAACCUUUCAUCUAAAAAAAAAGAAGAAAUUUCCGGCUGCAGAUUUUAUGGUGUACCUGACGGACCUUCGCUGAAGGUUCACUGUAUAUUUCUGACUGGUGUACUGUAUGUAAAGACUGAAUAAAACCUUGAAUGUUA